AUGGCGAGAGCUAGGACGGCUGUCAAGUCUCGCACAACGCCAGAUACGGAUGCGAUAUCAUUCCCCGUCUUGGCCUACACCGAUGCACUACCACGAGACGACCUUCGCGAUAUCAAGAGGGCCCCCGCCCAAGUAUCAGAACAUGGAAAAGUAGCAAAAUAUGAGUUCCCUCGACCUAGGAAUGCAGAUGGACAUGAGAGCAGAAAACCACCCCCGGGUGUAGCUAUGGCGUCAUCAUUCGACUUUCGAGUAACAGCACCACCAGACGAGGUCUUUCCCUCGAGUGCAGGUGCCAAUGGCAGUCCCGGAGGUAUACCCAGGAUAGGCGUUGCUCUCGGAAGUCCCAGCAUGCUCGACUCUCGAGACAAUCUACCGCCACCGCGAUUCAAUACGGAAAUCUUUUCACAAGACCAAGUCGAUCAGCCACCGUUGCCACGCAAAUCGAGCAAGUGGAAGAAGAUUGGCGGACUGUUCAAAGCCAAGAAUGCGCUGGCAAUGCCCAUGGACGAGCCCAAGGUCCCCCCGAAACAACAUGCCCCCAAGCACAAGGGUGAACAAGGCAACAAGCCAACACGACGAGGUUCAACCGAAGAAUGGCCGAAGAUCGAAGUCGAUUCCACCGCUGCCCCAGCUGGACACAACACCAGUCCGCAGAGAAGUCGCAAAUUUUCACUUUCCGGAAAGAAGUCUAACAAGCCUCAACCCCCGGAGAAAGGCGAGAAGAGCCGUCUGCUCGAGAUUGAUAUUCCAGACGUACAAAUGGAGCGCUAUAGUGUCAUGUUCAGCCAAGUAAUGAACAAAAACCAGAGACCCUCUCUGCUGGCCAGGAGGAGCAAGACUCUGGACAAUUUGCGCGUGCCAAAUAAUCAGGACUUUCUCGCUGCAAAACUACCUCCGGUUCCUCAACGCCGUGCAACCUCGCCGGCACGAUCUAGUUUUACUUUAUUCCCGACAUCACAGCCUUCGAAAGCCGCACAGGUUCUCGGCACGCAGAACUUCUCCCGUGGUCCGAGUCCGCUGCUGAGGUCGAAUACUCUGCCCAUUGAGAGUCCAUCUAAGGCAUCUAUGGAGCAAUCACGGCCGACGGCAAAUGUUAAUGCGGCUUCACCAUUCGAAUCACCGGUUGUUCCCAAUGUGUUUGCCUCACAUUGCAGUACGCCACGAUCGUCCCUCGAUAAACCACUCCCUUCCAUCAAACCCGAGCUACAGGCAUCACAAUCGCGUCCACGGGCGGCAUCAAAACUGGCGGUUGCUCAAACAGCGAAGGAAACCAAGGAAACUAAAGCAAAAGAGGAAGUAGAGCCUGCACCUCUGUUUUCCAAGCCACCAGUGCUCACUCCAACCGUGCAGGUUUCCGAGUCACCGCGAAGUUCUCCAAGCUCCCGAAAGGAAGCGAAACCAUCUGUUCCACCGGUCAGCACUCGGCGACGAUCGUCCAGCCUAGCGAUUCCUCGAACGCGUGCGGAGCCUCAGGCGGAUCAGAACCAGACAAAGCCAACCCCUGUACUGCAAAAGCGGCCGUCACAACUACCAAUCUUGCAAGCUCCAAAGCCGGUUCAUCAAGAGCGAAAGUCUUCUCUGCAGGCGCCUAGAGUGCAUACCCGCCCACCUAUCCAAGCGCCUGUUAAGCCGCAAGCUGCCCUGCAGCCUAUCCAGCAGAAAGAACGAACGCAUCCUCAAGACGUGAGCCAGAGACCACAACAGCCAGAUGCCCGUCCUCCUCGACCGAAUCUACGGAUUCAAACCAAGCAACAAAGCCAGCCACGGCCCCCAGCCAAAUCAGGAUCAUCAUCCUCCACACUCCUUUCCAGCACACCACCAACCAGCACACUCCCUACCCCAAGCCUAUCAAAGGACAACCUCCACCGAACACCAUCACCCAUCAUCCGAUCUCUAAGCCCGCAACCAGGCAUCUCCCCCGGUGGAUCCUCACCACGAAUGCCAUUCGUCUCCGAGCCCGAGGAAAUCGAAAUGGAACUCGACAUGCCACAAGAACCCGCCGAACCAGUGAGCAAAAUCCCCACCAUCGAAGUCUCAAUAGCACGCUCGAUAUCCGUGUCACGGGGCAAGCGACAAAUGCUCGUUCCCAUCGCUGCGCGCGUUGAUCAUCUCCAUUCGAAUGAGCGGUUUAUUGAGCGGAGGCCGAUGACGCCGCGGAUUACGGAUGUUAGUUAUGGGCAUAAACAUGCUGUGUCGCAGGAGUUGCAGAUCGAGUCUCUUUGA